UAGGUCCUGCCGGGUCGUUGGCUGAACUGAGCAGGGUUGGUUCAGAGGCAGCAGUUACAGCAUGUUGUAACACAGACGGAUCUGUCAGGCGCAGCUUGCGCAAGAUUUACCAGCGCAUUCAGCCACUACUCUGUAAAAUAGCUACUUUUUGCGAAGUUUCUCGGCGUUUAUACAGAAAUGUUGGAUAUAUGCUGGCUGUGUGUGAUUCUCGUUGGGAGCGCAGUUUAUUUACUAACGCAGUUUAUACGCUUCAUCUUCGCAGACGCUGAUCUGACUUUAUUAUGGGCGGCGAGGUUCGGCAACAGCCCAGAGUCAAAAUUGAGAGGCAAAGUGGUGUGGAUUACCGGAGCCUCGAGUGGCAUUGGGGAGGAGUUGUCCUAUCAGCUCGCGGCCCUCGGUGCUCGGCUUGUGCUGUCUGCCCGCAGGGAGAAUGAGCUGGAGAGGGUAAAGCGCACAUGUUUAGGGCGCUUCUCUCUAAAGGAUGAGGAUAUUCUUGUCCUUCCACUUGAUUUGUUGGACCGUGGAUCACAUCAAGAAAAAACUGCUGCAGCUCUGAAGCACUUUGGUGAUAUAGAUGUGUUGAUAAACAACGGAGGCCGGACGCAGCGUUCGCUGUGCACAGAGGCUGAUGUUGAUGUGUACCAGGCACUUAUGGAGCUCAACUACCUUGGCACCGUAUCCAUCACUAAGCAGGUGCUGCCCCACAUGAUCCGCCGUGGUAGUGGUAUCAUAGCCACCAUCAGCAGCGUUUCAGGCUUUGUAGGGGUGCCCCUGGCAACGGGCUAUGCUGCGAGCAAGCAUGCGGUGCAGGGUUUCUUUAACUCUCUGAGGACAGAACUCACUGAUUAUCCGAACAUCACCAUCAGUACCAUUUGUCCCGGACCUGUAAUAUCAAGCAUCGUUCAGAAUGCGUUCACCGAGGAGCUCAGCAAACCUGUGGCCACAGCUGGUGAUCAGACACAUAAGAUGUCUACAGAGCGCUGUGUUCAACUCACCCUGGUAGGUCUGGCCAACCGUGUGAAAGAGAUGUGGAUCGCCGAGCAGCCCUUUCUACUCUUCUGCUAUUUGUGGCAGUACAGUCCCACUCUGGCCUGGUACUUGACUAACAUUCUGGGUAAAAAACGUGUGCAGAACUUCAAAGCUGGACUGGAUGCAGACUCUGCAUAUUUCAGCAAGCCUAAGGUCAAGACAACUUGAAAAUCUAAUUUCAGGAAACACUGAUUUGUGAAUUCCUUACCAGAAGGACCCAGGAAAGUCACCCAGACAUUUCACUGUCAUUAAAUAAAUAUGAAAACACCUUAUAUUUUGCUUGCUGUAUCAAUAGCAAGAAGACAAAUGGUACAUUCUUAAAAAUGCAUGGGCAGAUGAUUUGUUUUCUUUGUGUUUUCUGUAUUAAAAUGUUGUACAUCAGUUAUAAAUAGAAUGUAAUAUUCUAACAUUUUAAGUUUGUGUG